AUGUCGGAUCGUGUUAGUCAACUCGUGGGCCAUCUGAACUACCCCAAGGGUCUACUCGCAGGACAAUUAGCGAUUAUCACUGGUUCAGGCCAGGGAAUCGGCGCAGAAGCAGCAAGGUUGUUCGCUAAAGAGGGCGCAAAGGUUAUUGUUGCGGAUAUUGACGCAGAAAAAUGCAGUGCCGUCGCUGAAAGUAUCAACAAGGACGGCGGUCAAGCCAAGGCCGUACCUGGUGAUAUCCUUAAAGCAGACUAUAUCGAGACUCUGAUAAAAAGCGCUGCUGACUUUGGCGACGGCAAGAUCAACAUUAUCGUCAAUAAUGCUGGCUACACUUGGGAUGGAGUUAUUCAUAAAAUGACAGACAAGCAGUGGGACACUAUUCUGGCUCUUCAUUGCACUGCUCCAUUUACUCUUGUCCGGGCUGCAGCACCGUACUUUCGCCUACGUGAUGGGGCUCCUCGUUGCAUUGUUAACAUCUCAUCUACAUCUGGCGUGCACGGAAACGCAGGUCAACUCAAUUAUGCCCUGGCUAAAGCGGGUGUUACUGGCUUCACAAAGACGAUUGCAAAGGAGUGGGGUCCUGCUUUUGGUGUAAGGGCGAAUACUGUCGCGUUUGGACAUAUCCUCACGCGAUUGACUGCGGCCAAGGAGGAGGGUGCGUUCGUAAAGGGUCCAGAUGGCGAGAAGAUCGCACUAGGCAUCCCAGCGAAACAGAAGCAAGUUGCAGGUGAUACUGCUUUCGCAGAUAUCCCCCUUCGAAGACCAGGCACAGCGUCAGAGGCUGCGAGUGCUGUCCUAGCCGUGGCCAGUCCAUUGUUUUCUUAUGUAACAGGACAGACCAUCAUGGUGACUGGAGGACGUAACAUGUAA